GGGAGAGGAAAAAGGCAGCGGGUGAGGGCUGCUGUGGCUCAGAAAUAAAGUCAGGCAACUACAACUGGAGCAGCAUGACUCUCUUAACACUUGGACUGUAUCUGCCACUGUGGUUUUCCUAUGGCCUGGCUCAGUCCUCCUUUCUGGACAGCUUUGUUUCAUUCCCUGCCGCUCUCAGAUCCCAGGAGCAGCAAAAGAGAUUCAACCCAUGCUGUUUACUGAGUCCGCCUCCACCCCCACUGUUUCCUCCACCUCCUUCGCUUUGGCGCCGCCACGCUCAUCAUGAAGGCGUUUCGCAUCAUGGUGGUGAGUCUGAGUCGGGCAAUGAGGGCAAAGGUUCUGCCUGCGUCCGAGGUCCCGCUGGUCCUGCUGGUCCUCCUGGACCUCAGGGUCCACCUGGAUUACCUGGGAUAGCAGGACUUAAAGGAGAAAAGGGAGAAAUCGGAAGACCUGGGCAAAAGGGUCGGACUGGGCCUCCUGGACUUCCUGGGAAACAGGGAUCAGCUGGAUGGCCGGGACCAAGUGGGGCCAAAGGUGAGAAAGGUGACCCGGGGCUGAUGGGUUUGCCUGGAGCCAGAGGACCAAUUGGGCCAAGGGGAUUACCUGGGUAUAAAGGGGAGAAGGGUUCUCGAGGGGACCGCGGCGAGAACGGAGUGAAAGGAGACAAAGGUGCAAUGGGUUUCCCAGGGAUGCUUGGACAAAAAGGUGAAAUGGGUCCAAAAGGAGAACCUGGAAUCUCAGGAAACAGAGGACCCACGGGCCGACCAGGAAAGCGAGGCAAGCAGGGGAUGAAAGGAGACCCAGGAAACGUGGGUCCGAUGGGACCAGCGGGCCCACAGGGAACUCCAGGUCACCCCGGUCCUCCUGGUUCACCUGCCACAGGCGUCUACAUGGUUGGAACGAAGGGAGCACGUGGUCCACCGGGACCUCCUGGAAAGUGUAGCUGCAGCUCUCUCAGCGGUUCUCCCUUUGAUGAUUACACCUCCACAGGAAACUAUCCCAAAGUACCGGCGAUCUUUGUGGUGAGCAAUGAGGAAGAACUGGAGCGCCUUCGCACAGACAAUGCUCUCGCAUUCCGAAAAGACCAGAGAUCUCUCUAUUUCAAAGACAUCGACGGCUGGCUGCCAAUCCAGACUUUUCCAUUCCAGCUGACACCCUUCCAGUCCAUGGAAAAUGCGCCUGAUGAUGAGGGUUACUGUGGUGACGGGAUAGUGCAGAUCACCAACGGGGAGGAGUGCGAUGACAGGAACAGAGUUGUCACCGACGGCUGUGUCAAGUGUAAACACGCCUACUGUGGAGACGGAUACCGCUAUGAAGGGGCUGAGGAGUGUGAUGGAAAAGACUUUGGAUACCAGACAUGUAACUCAUAUCUUCCAGGGUCAUACGGUCACCUCAAGUGCACCCCGCGCUGCGUCAUCGACUCCACAAACUGCAAAUACUUCACUUGAGGAGCAGUCUGGACCGCGCAGCAGGAUCCUCUGCGUGUCGUUCGCUUGACACGCAACGGGAAUAUUUUUCACGCAAAUAAAGAAACAACAAGCAAGAGACUGUGACGGAGGAGGCAGCCGAUGAUUCUACAACGACAAAAAAAAAGCGAGAACAGAACUUAUUACAAACAAAACAAACAUAUAACUCAUUUGUGUUGCUGCUGAGAUGCCACGUAGCUCCCGGAGUUACAGAGUCAGUCAGUGAAGGUGAGAAUCCACACCUGCACUCUGUCUUAACAAAGCCGGAUUUUCCCAAACUGGCCUCCUCGCCAAAUGCCCCGACUGGACCGGAACCAGCCUCUUGAAUGCAACAGUUGUGUGACAGCCAUGCGAGAGACUUAAUUAAGUGGGAGAUGUUGCAGAGGAACAGUAGCUGGGGCAUAUUAACGUUUGACCCAGUUACUGUUGGGGAAAAGAGAGGCAGUGGGACAUCCAGAGCCGUGGCCACAGGUAUUGCUGCUGCAGUGUGAAUGACAGUGCAUGAGGGGGUGGGAUUACUGAGACCACGGCAGCAGCUGUCACUAUUCAAGCAUGUAACCUAUCACUUUACUCAUUAUUGUCACAACAACUUUCGUACUGUAUACUCUCAAUAUCAAGAAGAUGUAAAGGUGCAUAGUAAGACAUAGUUCAAAGACGGAGUGGUUAUAGUGCACUAUAUGCAGCAUACAUAUGCACUUGUAAUAUUUGAGUGAGACUGUUAAACCAGGAGGCCACACUUGAAGUCUCCCCCUGCUUCUAAACUUUAGAUGAUGGUGGUACUGUACUUGACAGGGACAUCCAGUCAGGACAAGGUUUCAUAAAUCCAAACACUUCUCAGGAACUCACAGGUAAUGUAGCUCCACGCAGCACCUUUCACACACACACCCCUUACUCUCUUUGUAAAUGAAAAGGCAGCGACUGUACUCUUGAGGCGCACCCGAACAAAAGCUUUAACACAUCCCGUCCUGUAGAAUCCUCCCUGUGCUUCGGUGAGAAAAAGAAAUCUACUGUACGCGAAAGGCUUGAAACUGUUAUGUUCUUAAUUUUCUCACUGCACACGAACGGCUGGACGAGGCUGUAGCUGCUAAGAAGUGGGCUGGGGUGGGGCUGGGGAGGGAGGAGGAAUUCAAAUUCCAGUCUGUUCUAUGGUCAUUACUGUAUUUACUCUGAUACCUCUUUAUCCAGUCUUUCUGUCUUACACUAUAUACAGCAACAGAGAAACUCAAACCGUAAACUUAACAGUGUAGAUGUAGUCUGAAAAAUGCCGAUAUAAGCUGACAUUUUCCAUAAGCUACUGUAAUGAGUCGCAGUGCCAAGGGAGACGUUUUUUCUCAGCUACACUAAGAUGUAUUAUAAAGUGAUUCUUGUACAAAAGCAAUCAAAAGAUAAAGACUGUUAAUAUAUUGCGUCCGCAUGCUUGUGAAAAUCUGCUUAUGGGUGUGAAAUGCUUCCACUUUGCCAAACAUUGUUUUGUAAAUCAUCAUUGCAUUCAUCAGCAUAGCAGGUGUCUUAAGAAACGUCAGUCGGAGUGUAGCCGAGUACUGUGUGUAUGACAAACCGUAUAGAGAUGAACUGUGCCAUGCACAAAGCUGGAAACUGUGUUAAAUGUCUGUGUCUGUGGUCUGUGCUGCUGUGCUCUCUCUCCUAUACCUAGCGCGUAUGCACAACGAUGCUGGAACAUGCAUGUGGUACCGUACUGUAAGUAAGGCUUUGUGAAGUGUAGUAUGCACUGUGACCGGGGUAGUUAACAUUGUGUUUCAUUUUUCUGAUAUGAUUUUUACAGUAGUUGUGGACAAUUUUAAAAAGAAUGAAAAUAAAUUUUAAAAAAGGAGGAA